UAAAGGGAUAAAUAAAGACUUCGGCGACAUUUCAUAAACGAGAAGGUUAGAAUAGGUUGUGAAGCUUUAGAAUUAACUAAUAUGGAUGGAAGUAAUUUAUGCCUUCUUGGCAGUGUUUGUUGCUUUCUAUAUUGCAUCUUUUCGGUGCAGAGUUAUGGUGGUGUUGACGUAAAGUUAGGCCUAACAUUCGAUGGUGGACUUAUGGAUGUUGAUCCAAGUAUGUUUCCCACAAUAGAAGUAACAGAGACUCCUGGACGCAAAUCCCUCGCAAAUAUUAUCGGUGAUAUGAUGGUGACACAUAAUGUGGAGAUUGUUGCUACAGCUUCUCCAUUACCUUCCACCGAAACUGAUGAAUGUUUCUUUGUUGUCGGAUUUCUAUCUCCUCUUGAAAGCAUCACCGCCACAAAACCGUUCCCAAACAGGCAAGAAUGUGAAAAGAACAAUCUACUACCAACCAUCGGAGUUGCUGACGAAAUUUUAGGAUAUCCGCAAUGUAUCAAGUAUGCAGACCUUGAAAAUAGUGAUUUCACUAAGUUGAUUGGAGAACACGGCCGUACACACUGUGGUAUGUACCGUUUGGUGGGUAUGUUGGAUCCAUUACGGGAGGUUCAAGGUGACACAAACUUCUGUAACAACUAUCUUACGUUUGAUAUCAACUUUAACUGCUCCAUUCAAACAGUCACGGAGCCUACUUGCGAUUUGCUCCCAAUGGAAACCGAAGACGAUGACGUUACAUUACUCUACAUGAAUCACAUGCGGACUGAAGGGGUGUAUGGUCAACCAAGGAGGUUCAAACAUGCUAUGCAAAUGUUUAGACAAAGGGCAAUGUCUCCUGAAUGGAAUGAAGAGUAUGAAAAAGACUAUGAUGUAGUUGGAAAAUAUGGAAAGAUGUUUACUAAAAUAAUGAGAGCCUAUAUUAAAGGACUUCCGAAGGAAUCUUACCUUGAUGAUUGUUCCAGGGAAAAUGAAAAUGCUAAAGAAUGGGUAAAAAGUCAACUGAAUGAGUUUCAAGGGUUAAACGGUGAAAACACAUGGGGUGAUGCGAAUGAAGAAAGUGUUAUCAAUUACCGACGACUUCUAGACUUGAUCAAACGCUAUGUACAAGAAAUGAAAGAUGAAGGUCAACUAUCGAACAUUGCUGAGAGACUUCGGGCGGAGUUAAGUUCUCUAGGGUAUACGUCUGCUGGCGAACUGACAGGUGUCAGAGCAAUGAAUGCAACUAUAAAUGAAAUGAUUUCCCUUGUACGCAAUCAUAAACAAGAAAUUGCUAAGAAAUAUGUUGCUAAAGAGGUAUGUGGAGUAGCAAACACACUAGAAAGAUUCAAGCAAAUGUCAGCACAAACUCAGUAUCAGUAUAUGGAUCUUGCUGGUAAAGAAGUAAAGGAAAUGAUUGCAAAGUUUUCGGACACAACAUCCUCGCUGGCAGUCAAGCUAAUGUUUUUCUAUCCAGAAUUUUAUGACACGUGUUUCGAGAACAUGCUUAUGCAUUUACAUGAUGCUUUGAAACAAGACAUACAAUCGGUAAGAUUUGACUGGAUGAAUGAUGAAUCAUUUCAACAACGACUGAAUGAUUACAGGAUGAAUAAGACAGGGUUUCCAUUUAACGAAGGAAUCUAUGCUAAACUUUUACAUGGCUGUGGUAAAAGGAACGCAUGUAUCCGAAAGAUGAAGAGCAUGUGUAGACAACAGGACCAGUCGUUUACUGGAAAUGGUGAGACCGUUGACACUCUAAAAGAGGAUGUUUGUAAAAUGAGACGCCUGAAGGAAGUAGUAUCUAAACAUGCAAAACGUAUCUCCGACAAUAACAUGAUGCAAAUGGGCACAAUGCAAAAGGAUCCAUUUGAUGCGGUAUGUAAUGGAAAUGACAAAAUGACUACAAGAAAACAGAUGCCGUUGACGAAAAUGGAGAAAGGCAUAGUAAAGAGAGGGUACCUUGACCUUGAGAACAAAAUGGUAGCCUGGCAAUCUAUUGCCCGGUGCACUUGCGAUCAUUGUGGCAAACAUCCGGUCAAAGGAGGUGGUGAAUCAGAUGACAUAGCUUACGCUGACGACAAAGAUACAUCCGAUUCUCAUGGAGAAAGAGACCCUAGUCACUACCCGAAUGGUGAGUAUCCUGAAGAUGAUGGAACUCGACCUUCCCGUGAAGAUGAUGGAGACACAACGGAGGGUGAUGAUGUAGGUGAACCAGAGCACCAAGGAGAUACAGAAUCCGAUAGAUAUCCUAAUGAACAUGAUGACGGCAGAUAUCCCUACAGGAAAAAAUAAAAAUGUUUAAAGGCCGAGAACGGAAUAGAACUUUGCCCAAUAUUUUAUCAAUAUAUUACUAAUUUUGUUGAACAUUUUCCUGACCAUUACAGGGCAGACAGCAAAAAAUUGGUAGUAGUUAACCAGCGUGACUAUUUAUGAAUUAAGCAAUAUUGAAAUACAACAAGACCUAUAACUGAAUCUUUCUUUUUGAAUUUUCUUUUUGAAUUUUUUUUCUGUUUUAUAUGUUUUUCUUUUUAUUUAAAACCAGGUCUACCAUUUCGUUUAUUUAUUUUAAUCCGGUUCAUAAAUGUUUCAAAUGAAGUUACAUCGUCAGUGCAGAUUCUUAGGACAGACAGAAGCGAGGCUUAGUAUUAUAAAUACCAUGUACUUUUAUCAUCAAUGUAUGAGAUUUUCAACUUUUGUUUUUGUAGACUUUGUUCAAAUAGACUUAUAUAAUCUGAAAAGAUUUGUAAUUGACUACUGAUACUUAUGUUUAAAAUUUACCAAUAAGGUUUAAGACAAAAAUAUUCUACCGAAAUGUAGAUAUUUGAAUCUUUUGGAUCUUUAAUCUUUUGAAGUAAUUCCAUGUACUUUUAUAAUCAAUGUGUGAGAUUUUAAACUUAUAUUUCUUCACGUUUGUUUUUGUAGACUUUGUUCAAAUAGACUUAUAUAAUCUGAAAAGAUUUGUAAUUGAUCACUGAUACUUAUGUAUAAAAUUUACCAAUAAGAUUAAAGACAAAAAUAUUCUACCGAAAUGUAGAUAAUUAAAUCAUUUUAAUCUUUUGAAGCAAUACCAUGUACUUUUAUCAUCAAUGUGUGAGAUUUUUAACUUUUGUUUUUGUAGACUUUGUUCAAGUAGACUUACAUAAUCUGAAAAGAUUUGUAAUUGACUACUGAAACUUAUGUUUAAAAUUUACCAAUAAGGUUAAAAACAAAAAUAUUCUACCGAAAUGUAGCUACAAGAAGUCAUAUCUUUUUGUUCUUUUUUGUUUCUGUUCAUUUAAGAUUUUAUGAAGGAAUGACUGUUAUAUAUAAGACACGAGUAAAAAAAAUUAAAACAACUGGUACAUAUUAGAUUUAGAAAAACGAUGUGUGAUUAACAAGAAGAGAUUUAGUUGUCUUUUGGUGACCAUUGAAUAAAAGAAGUGUUGAAUUGAAAAGCUGGAGGGUUUAAAAUAAAUGAAUUUCCGAUUAAGAAAUAUUCAAUUGAAAGUAUUUUCCGUCGUUUAAAUGAAAAACAUAAUCCUUUUUAGGACUAUAUAAUACUUAUUGUUGCGGUUUGUAUUUUUUCUAAAUUAAAUCACUUAAAUUUAUUGUAAAUAUUAUGUUUUUAUUUUCUUAUCUUUUCGUCUUUGAACUGUCUCUUUUGAUAUAAAUCUUUAAAAAAAAA